AUGUCGGAAGCUAUGGCUGCCCCUUUAAUUCCUCAGCUACAAGAAAUGCAACAACAAAAUGGCAAUUCUGCCAAUCCACAACAGCAGCAGCAACAACAUCAACAAUGGGCUAAUUAUAAUGCCUGGUAUCAAAGUUACGGGGAUGCCAGUGCCUAUCAACGUUAUUAUCAAUACUAUAUGCGAUAUAAUAUGCAGCAACAACAACAGCAGCAACAAGGAGGUGGAGCUGCACCACCAUCCAAUGCUCCUCCGGGUUUUAGUAAUGCAGUUUUACCAAAUGGUGGUGGUCAAGAUUUGCCACCAUUGCCAGCGGGACCACCACCACCGCCACAAAUGGGUGGCGGCGGCGGUAAAAUGGGUAAUCAACAGCAACAACAAAAGAAUUUUGGUGGCAUCAAAUUUAACCUCAAUCAACAAAAUCGUUUGGCCAAUGCUCCAAAUCCCCUGCAGCAGCAACAACAAAAUGGAGUUGGCAAUUUCAACGAUGGAGGGAAUAAUAACAACAAUAACAUGAAUGGAGGUGGUGGUCAACAACAACAUGCAUAUUAUAAUGAAAUGAAUGGCGGUCCACAGCCAAUGCAAACCGAUGCCGGAGAUAACAAUGGUUUCGUAAAUAUGUCCCUACCCCCACCACCACCAAUUAUUUCCAAUGUCGACUUAAGUAAACCCCCACCACCAAUUGCCAAUGGCAUGCAUGCUAAAUCGAUGGUAGAUAAUACCGCUGCCGCAACCAUAGCUCAACAGGCCAAUGCUGCAAUGGCUGUUGCAUCCAGCACCAACAGUACCUUUAAGAAACCCAAUGCAUUCCACAAUCCCAAUGAUGCUUGGCCCGAAUCGUUAAAUAAUUAUGUGGCACGUUGUUAUGCCAAAUGUAAUACCGAUUUGGAUAAGGAUCAAAUUGAUAUUUGCCUAAAGGGUAAAAUUAUUGCCGCUGCCAAUCGUAAUGAAUUGUGGACACGUGAUUGGGAUAAUGAACCCAUACCCAGUGUAUAUAGUGAACGGAAUAAUAUCAAUAUUAAAUUGCAACAAAAACCAAUGCAACAACAGCAGCAUCAGCAGAAUCAUCAACAACAACAGCAGCAUCAGUUGCAUAAUCACAAUCAACGUAAUCCCUUCCAAAAGAAUCAUCAUCAGGCAUCGCCUGGUGGUAGCAUACCCAUGGAUCAUUUGAAAAAUAAACCAGGUGCAGUGGGUGGCGGUGGUGUUAAUGCCUCAUCAGCUGCUGCAGGUUUAUCGCGUAAUCUCAAUGCCCGUCUGGGUCAACGCAACUCAUUUGGUGGCAGUAAUGGCAAAAUGAAAAAUUCUCGUAGUCGGUCGCGUUCUCCCUCGAAAUAUCGUCAUAAUAAACGUACAUCGCGUUCACGUUCCCCCUCUUCGUCACCAUCAAGACCACGUAAAAUACGCCGUUCAUCAUCAUCGUCUAGUUCCUCUUCAGAUUUUAUACCAUUAUCCUCUUCCAAUUCAUCGUCGUCCUAUUCGUCCAAAAAACAACAACAAAAGAAUAAAAACAAAAAAUCCGAUUCCACUAGUAAUGGCAACAGUUCGUCUUCAGGUAAAUCGGGUAAAAUUCCCUUCUAUUCGUCGUCAAUUGGUGGCGCAGUCGAUGAUGAUUCGGCACGUCUUCAACAAAGAGCUGCACGCUUUUCUCAAGCCUCUAACAGCAAACAGGUUGUUGCAAUUGCAAGCUCACCAUUUGGUGGCAGCAGCAGCAACUCCUCCUCGUCUAAGGGUAAUAAUAGAAAUUCGAAAAAAUCAUUCAAUCAUUCGCGUUCAUCGUACAUCGAUGAUAAUGAGGGAGAUAAUGGUUUGGAUUUAAUGGAUUUACAUAUUGUGGGUACAUGCCAUGAUUUGGAAAAAUCCUUUUUGCGUCUAACAAAGGCCCCCUUGCCAUGUGAGGUGCGUCCAUUGGAAGUGUUGGUGCAUUCCCUGGAAAAUGUUAAACAAAAGUGGCGUGCAAAUCAGGAUUAUUUCUAUGCUUGUGAUCAGCUGAAGUCUAUUAGACAGGAUCUAACGGUUCAAGGUAUACGCGACAAGUUCACCGUUGAAGUAUAUGAAACACAUGCUCGCAUUGCCAUGGAAAAGGGUGAUCAUGAAGAAUUCAAUCAGUGCCAGACCCAACUGAAGAUGUUGUACAGUGAAGUUGGAGCCAGUACGAAUACAUUGGAAUUUACAGCAUAUCGUAUACUGUACUAUAUAUUUACGAAAAAUACCUUAGAUACCACCACGGUUUUACGCUCGAUCACACAAGCACAACGAGAGAAUCCUGCUAUAGCUCAUGCCCUGGAAUUCCGUUCCGCCUGGGCUAUGGGAAAUUACUGCAAAUUGUUCCGUUUAUAUAAAACGGCACCACUUAUGGCCGGACACUUGAUUGAUUGGUUUUUGGAAAGAGAGCGCAAGGCUGCUCUGAGAACAAUUGUCAAGGCUUAUCGACCCAAUAUCACAGUUGAUUAUAUUACCGAUCUAUUGGCAUUUGAAUCACGUGAUAAAUGCAAAGAAUGGCUUAACGGUUUUAAUUUACCAUUUGUAGGUGCAGAUGGGGCACAAAUCGAUUGUAAAAAUGCUUCAGCCAUAGCAAUAUGAAGCA